AUGGCAACGCAGAGCCGCCUCGUCCCCGAAUCUCGGGAGCAGAACGAACGCAAGUCACUCGAGCAGGAGCGGAACGCUUGGUUCGCCACCUUGGACAGCAACAGGCUGCAGUUCAAGGAGGCAAGAGAACGUAUUAGGGCCGCCUGCGAUCGCGCGCAGCAGAACGUUCGAAUCGAGCUGGCAAACCAGGCCCGACUCAUCAGCUGUCAGAUCUUGCCCUCGGAUGUCGUCGAACUCCUAUGUCGUUAUCAAGAUGAGAUCCGACACGGGCGCCUCGAACAGAUCCAACUGGAUCGAGACCGGUCAUUGGAGACUGUUAAUUGGCAGGAGAAAGAGGUGUUCUUACACCACCACCGGCGAUUCCCAUUAUCGAGCAAGAUCAUGCCGAUACUGGGCUUGGGGUCGGGCGAAGGCACGCCGGAACGAGAACCUCCCGCCCGAGCGACAGGUCGGGCGAGCGACCUUCAGCCUAGAGGAGGGUCCGAUGUUGUCGCAUCCCACGAUCCCGUCACGCCCCGCGGACACUCGCUUCCUCCCGCGGUUGGAGGGCUGACUGCGAGACCGCCGCCCGCAGUAUGUCCAACCCCGCCGGAGGACGGGGCUCAGCGCCCCCCGGACGGUCCGCUGGGGACAUCUGCUGCAACCUCGAGAGCCUCCCACGAAGGCGCACCCGGUUGCGUUGUAGUGCUGCCAUCUCCGCAGGUCCAGCAGGUCCAGCAGGCCUGCCGGAGUACCGGCCGUGACAGACGCCACUUCGCGUGUCCAGGCUAUGAGACGGGCUCAACCAGCCUCGUUGGGAGCACACCAAAGGCGCCAGAAGGGCUGGCUCCGCAGUGCGGGAGGAGUGCGGCGAAGCGCAGGCAGCCCUCAGCCGCGAAUGUCGCGCCGAAGCGCCCGCGACUCACCACCGCUCAAAAGGCCGAGGCUCGAACGACCACCAUCGACGAGGUUCGCCGCCAUAAUGCCGCCGGGGCCAAGAGCAUGAUCAUCAAGUUUAAUGGACUCUACUACAUCAUCAGUUGUGACGAACACGGCAUUCGCUUCAGACAGCAUGCCCUCGCCGAGGCUGCAAAGCAUCUACAAGGGGCUUGCCACGGAUAUCCCAGGGUCACGGACAGGCUCAUUGUCCAGAGUUUUGGUGUUCGUGUCGUCGACUGCAACGAUGCCCUUGCGUUGAUGAACAACGCCUGCGUAACAGAAGUUCCCGCCAGCGGAUAUAAGCAGACCAGCCGGGCCAGAGGCUACGCCCGUGGCCGGAAAUUUGUCCAGUACAUGCCCAGGGCCAUAUCAGGCCCCCACUCCCGGCGGGCUGCAGAAGAAGAGGAGUCUCUAUAG